UGAGUAAAACACGUUUUAAGUUGUGAUGACUUAUCGUUUUCUGUGUAUUCUGACAUGUUAUAGGACAGGAUACAGUAGAAAUUGAGUUAUUUAUUAAAGAACAUUCAAAUGAUUGUUAAGCUAUAGUUCACAAAAAAAUAGCUUUUCCACUUUGUCGCUCUGUGGAAAUGAUGUCACUUCCACUUCUCGAGACGAUCACGGAAGCUGGUGCAAUGUCAUUUUUUUAGGAUAAAUUAUCACGGGCGAAAUUCAGAAAAGUGGGACAGAGCAGAUUUCGGGGUAAUAAUGGAGGUAAGAUGCGUAUAAAGUUUCGCAGUGGGGAAUCACGCGUGGUCGGCAUAUUCACUACGUGUACAGAUUGGAUCGCACAAGUGUCCACAAUCUUUGGUUUUCCAACACACAAUGAACACUCACGCUCAGCCCGACAUCAAUUCCGAUAUAACGUUCGCUUACAGUUUCCUAGUUUGUCACGAGAGCUGCAGUUCGCUUCUGAUUCUUUAAAAGUCAUUGAAGCCUUAGACGAACUUGUUAGUGAGUUUCACGUGGCCUUGUUUCAAAGGCUGAGAACGCUUGCUAGUAAAACCAAGAGCUCAACACAGGAAAAGUGCAGUCAUGAUCCCUUUCUUACCAUAUUCCGACUGUUCUUGGUAAAUGGCUAUUUACCAAAAUUAAUGUUGACGAUUGGCUUUACCAAAUAUUUGAAAUUGGGUUACUAGUGGUCUGGGAUAUUCUGCCUCCAGAGAAUAAAUUGUUAAAAUGAUUUCAUUUGGUGUACUAGGCCAUUGGGAUGAACCAUUUGAGAAAAAUUGGGUCCUGGGGGGGAGAGAAGUCUGCGAUUUGUUUACUUAUUUCAAUUAGAGAGUGGUUGUAUACAGACUUGAGUCAGCCAUGAAUAUCUACACAAGAACGUUGAUUGUUACAUGAUGACAAAUCUUUGAACUAAAACAACUGUGAAUGCAAAAGUCCGAAAUCCCAGACACCCUCUAUUCCCAACCAUUCCCCACACAGGAACCCGACCCACGGUGAUUGAUUCCAAUCCAAAUCCACAGUUCGGGAUCCAUUGAGCAGCCUUGUUCGAGCGCAGAGCAGCUGUGAAAGAGAACCAGACGAGCUCAAUUCUGAAAUGCCUCAAGACACAUCAAAAUACGGUUAUUUGCGGGACUCCAUAUAACUUGUAAUAUUACCCAUCUGUUAACAUGAGUUUCUGUUUUUGUCGGGUGUAGUAGCUGUAUAAUUUUAACCAGACAUACCACUAGCACAUGAUUCCGUACCACACAGCCUUGCGUCAGCUAGGAUAGCCACGCGAAUUAGUCAAGAGACAGGUUAUUUUUGGUGUGAGAGCGCUGGGGUGCAUUAUAAUAAAUAUUUGGCCAUAUGAGCAUAGCUAACAACUGCUUCGUUUCAUAUGAAGUCGCUAAAUCCUGCAUAUUUCAUGACAGAAAUCUGAAUUCAUUGUGUGUAGCCUCGAGUUGUAUUUUUUUUUUUUUGGUUAUACAUUUUGUGGUACUGAAACAAAGACAGUGGUACAGACGUUUUAGAUUAUAGAUUUAUUCCGCAUAUCAACCAAUUGCAUUGAAUUAAUGUCAUACGAGGCGCCAUUAGAUAAUGGACCUGAAUUUUUAUUCCAAUCUAACGGAUGGGACUGGGCCACACGGAGAUCCAGAAUUCCUGGACCCUGGGUCUUUCAAUGGAUAUGACAAUAAGUUCCCUGAAGGCAGUAAUAACUACCUGACCAUCAGCGGGGCGGGCCAUCCAUUCCUCUCAUCUUCUGAGACGUUCCACACCCCCAGUCUGGGAGAUGAGGAGUUCGAGAUCCCCCCCAUCUCCCUGGAUCCAGACCAGGCGCUCAUCGCGUCCGAUGUGGUGGCCCAUUUCGGAGAGCUAUCGGAUAGAGAGCGCAGUGGCUUGUCCACCCCCGGGAACGUUGUGGUCGGGGGAGACGAUCCGUCCUUCGCCUCCACCUUUGUGAAUCCCCACCCGGGGUCUCAGGGACUGGACCACCACCUGAGUCUGGGGGUCAUCAGUCAGCCAGGUGGAGGAGGAGCUAUUCUGGGGUCUGCUCUGGGCAUGGAUCUGGGCCAUCCUGUUGGCUCCCAGUUCAGCAGCUCCUCCCCCAUGACCAUAGACGUCCCGCUGAGUGACAUGGACCACAGCCUGUUGGGCCACAACCAGCUGAUCACCAUCGACCAAUCGGAGCUCAGCGCCCAGCUGGGGCUCAGCCUAGGGGGCGGGGCCAACCUGGCGAGGUCGCAGUCACCUGACCAACCACUGUCGGCCGCUGCUUCGCCGGCCGGCUCGCUACAGGACGACGACAUGGACGACUUCAGACAGAGUGUGCUGGUGGAGUCCCCUAUCUCUCUCGGUGUCAUCUCCCUCGAGCCCCCUCUCUCCGACUCCCCCAUUCCUUCCUUUGCUCCGUCCUCCAGCACCCCUCCUACCCUCGUCCGGAGAGGGGCAGUGGCCGGAGGGGGAGGAGGGAAGAAAGGGAAGAAAAAGAAAGACCCUAACGAGCCCCAGAAGCCUGUGUCGGCCUACGCUCUGUUCUUCAGGGACACGCAGGCAGCCAUUAAGGGCCAGAACCCCAGCGCCACCUUCGGAGAGGUGUCCAAGAUAGUGGCCUCCAUGUGGGAUAGCCUGGGGGAGGAGCAGAAGCAGGUGUACAAGAGGAAGACAGAAGCAGCUAAGAAGGAUUAUCUCGAGGCUCUGGAAGCCUACAGAGAUCAUCAGCUUUCUCAGCCGACCAUUGAGGUUCUGGACAGUUCCCCGUCGCCUCCCUCUCCUCCUCCCGUUGCCCCACUCCCCGCCCCUGCUCCCCGUUCCACCCGUUCCUCCGUCCCCCACCUCGCCCCUGAAGAGAACACCAUCACCAACAUCUGCACCUCCAACAUCAUCCUAGCAGGUGGAGACCUCCCUCAGGUCACCACCCGCUCCCGUACAGGGGCGCAAAAAAACCCAACUCAUACGCCCGCCCUGGCCCUAAACCCCCCCACCGUUACGAAAAUCAUCAUCAAGCAACAGACGUCGCCAUCAGGGGUAAUGGUGGUGUCAAGUAGUACGGUAUUGUCUACUCGGCAGCCGCCACCACUCCAACAGAUGCAGAACACCCCUCCUCCGCCUCGUCUCCAGCAGAUGGUACAUGCCCAGGCCCCACCGCCACUGCAGGCCAAACCAAGAGGCGGGGGUGCCAUGGCACCACCCCCUCUGCAGAUCAAGAUCGUCCCUCCCGCCUCAGAUUUGGACUCUCCCGUUAUCGACACGGCGGCAGGGGGGUUAGCCGCGUUGGGGGGGGCCACUCCGACCUCGGGGGAGGUGGUACAGUCCGCUUCCUUAGUAACGGCCUGUUCGACGGAAGCCGAGGACGGGGCUGAAGGAGAGGAUGGGAUGCAGGUGGAGUUGAAUGUGUCUCCAGGGCCAGAUGUGACCCAGACCUGCAGCCCUAACCUGUGUGUCCGAGCCGGCUGCACCAACCCAGCUGUAGAGAACAAGGACUGGGACAGGGAAUACUGCAGCAACAAGUGUGUCGCCACACACUGCAGGGAUGUGUUCAUGGCCUGGUGUGCGAUCCGAGGGCAGGUCUCCACUGUCACGUAAGGAAUGGACAGAAGAGAGGAGUGAUAGAUGGACAAAGACUUCAAAGAGGAGUGAGAGGAGAGAAGAGUGACAUAUGGACAUGAUAGGGAUUAGCCAGGACUAAAGAGAAAGGAGAGUGAAGAAUGGAGAAGAGAAGAGAGGGACUUGGCUUUUUUCCACAACCAGACUUUGUCCUCAUAGAAUAAUCAAGCAGAAGACCAAUACUCCUGUGCUGAUACAUUAUGAAGUUUAAAUAAUACGAUCAUUUUAUAUGAAAUGUUUUUAAGGUAAUAUCUAAUAUAACACUACAGGCACCACUGGUAUGUCUCUUGCAUUUCAUAGCUAGUGCCAUAGAGUUGGACAAAGGGCACAUUUCUGCAAAUGGUGCUGUACAUGCAAAAAUAGACUGUGUUAAUCUAUCUAACUCUACAGCUAAUUAUGUUUUUUCUCCUGACCGUGUUAUCAGUGUUGUCGUUACAAGUGAUUUCAAGGUAUGUACAGUGCAUUCGGAAAGUAUUUAGACCCCUUGACUUUUUCCUCAUUUUGCUACGUUACAGCCUUAUUCUAAAAUUGAUUAAAUGAAAAAAAAUCUUCAUCAAUUUACACACCCCAUAAUGACAAAGCAAAAACAGUUUUUUCAAAACAUUUUUGCAAAUGAAAAAAAAAAUAAACAACAGAAAUACCUUAUUUACAUAAGUAUUCAGACCCUUUUCUAUGAGACUCGAAAUUGUUUCCACUGAUCAUCCUUAAGAUCUUUCUACUGAUUAGACAUGAUUUGAAAAGGCACACACCUCUCUAUAUAAGGUCCCACAGUUGACAGUGCAUGUCAGAGCAAAAACCAAGCCAUGAGUAGGGCUGUUGUGGUGACCAUAUUACUGCCACACCGGCAGUCACGAGUCAUGAAGGCAGUCAAAUUCCACAUGACUGUUUAGUCACGGUAAUUAGGCUUCUCUAAGCUCUGAUGCUGCUGCUGGUCAUUGGUAGCCUACCAAACUUGCUAACUGCCUGUUACUCAGCAAUCUAUUGUCCCUCUAAUCACUCUGACAUCAAUGUAAAUGUAUUCUAAAAUCGAAUCAAACACUUCAUGAGAGCCCAUCAGCUCAUGUUGCGCAACAUUUCUAUAGGCUAUUCAAUUGUGGGAGAAAACCGAGUGAUGGUCACUUACAAAAAGAGGAGGAUCCCAUUAGCUUUCUAAAGGCUAGGCCUACUAUAUUUAUUAAUUUCUCAAAUUUCCUCAUGUUAAGAACAUUACUUAUAUUUACAACAGGAGUAUAGCCUACCUGGCUGGCAUGAAAAUAAACCACUGGGAAAAGCAUCCUCCAUUCGCUGUUUAAGUGCAUAGAUUACUUAUUUUUCCCCCCUGCCCUGUUUCGAUACAGGUGCAUGAUAAUGGUCCAUUCUAAAUCAAAACAAAUGUCAUACAUAUAUGAUUUAGUAUAUGUAAAGACAAAAUUAAAUCAAGAAUAGUCUGAUGGGUGACAAUAUUAGCCUGUCACUUGUGAAUUAUAUGUUAUCACUUGUGAAUGAUGCCCAGCAUAAGAAACAAUGACAUUUUUUGCGACUUGUUUGCAGCGCCUGAGUUUCAAGUUUGGGGAAGAUAAUUUUCACCAUAAAAAUGCACCUUUAUAAUAAAAGCAUUACAUGCAUAAUUGCAUUUGCGGUCACUUUUGAUACUGGUGUUUUCCUCUAAUUGAACAUUCGCGCUUACAGCCUACUACUAUGUCCACAUUGCUGCGCUUAUAAUGUGAAGAAAUAGCCUAAUAGUUUAUCAACAUUUUAAGCUAAACGUUCUGAUCUGUUGUGUCAGUCAUUUAUGCUAGUGGCUGUAUUAAUUUGGGACCUAUAGCAUCCCACAACUGUCCCAGACUGUUUGGAAUAUUUAUUUAUCGCACAGGAUAGAAUAGGUCGACCUUUGUACUACGGGGGAUAGUAGCUUGAUAUAGACUAGUGCUUUUGCUGGCCUACUCAUCUUGUUGGCUGACAAAAAGUAAAUGUGGACAGUUCAUCCAAUAUCUUCAAUAUGUACCUCGGAAUUGGAUAAGGACUCACGCAGCUGCGUCCCCGGAUAUGUCUGUCUUCACUUGUAGCCUGUGAGAAAGACCUGGUCACGUGACAGAUUGCGCAGCACACUCUUUGAGAAGGGCACAACGCAGCACUCCGGGCCGCAAAAGGCAUGGAUUUUUUUAGGGUGCAUUACGGCCACAAAGGGGAUGCCACCAUGAAUUCGAGGCAUUGUCAAGUUCUUGUUAAAUUGUGAAUGAGACUAUUGGAGUGUGUACAGCCUGCGCAAAAAAAUAAAUAAAACAGAGCUCAUUGCCAUUCAAGCAACUUUUUUCAAAUCAUCAUUAGUCUCAUCAUGCAGCCUUACAAUGUUUAUAGAACAACUAAAGUUACAUUGAUACCUCUAAAUUAAGCAUAUAGGAGUACCUAUUUCUUUGUUAACCGCUCAACAUAGAAUAGCCACAUGUGCUCACUCCCUCAAAUCGAGAGAAUAUUUAUAUUUUAUUCUGCUUUGUUCAAUACUAUAAAAUAAUGCCAUGGAAUUAUAAGCAAAUCUUGUCUGCUAAAUGAACUAGCGUAGCCCACAGUCAUGUGACAUAGCCACAUCAGGACCUAACACAAGAACAACUCAGAGUAUGCUAUUAUUUUCUUCUGAAAUAGACUACAUUUUCUUCUUAUCAUGCUGCUUUAGACCUGUCUAAAAUAAAUAAUGGAUUUAUAGUAUGUAUGCUAUAUUACAUGGAUUUUUCAAAAUGGCUUGUGGGCCGUGUGUGGAAACCAGGAGAUGCUAAAUGUGCUUAUGUUAAUUAACGGUCAAUUACCGUGAGACUGACAGUUAUUUGCUUGACAAUCACUGGCUGACAAAAUGUCAUGACCACCACAGCCCUAGCCAUGAGGUUGAAGGAAUUAUUCCUAAAGCUCUGAGAUAGGAUUGUGUUGAGGUACAGAUCUGGGGAAUGGUACCAAAAACUGUCUGCAGCAAUGAAGGUCCCCAAGAACACAGUGACCUCCAUCAUUCUUAAAUGGAAGAAGUUUGGAAGCACUAAGACAUUUCCUAGAGCUGGCCGCCCGGCCAUACUGAGUAAUCGGGGGAGAAAGGCCGUGGUCAGUGAGGUGACCUAGAACCGAUGGUUAGUGACAGAGAUCCAGAAUUCCUCUGUGGAGAUGGGAGAACCUUCCAGAAGGACAACCAUCUCUGCAGCACUCCAUCAAUCAGGCCUUUAUGGUAGAGUGGCCAGACAGAAGCCACUCCUCAGUAAAAGGCACAUGACAGCCUGCUUGGAGUUUGCCAAAAGGCACCUAAGGACUUUCAGACCAUGAUAAACAAGAUUCUUUGGUCUGAUGAAACCAAGAUUGAACUCUUUGGCCUGAAUGCCAAGCAUCGCGUCUGGAGGAAACCUGGCACCAUCCCUACGUUGAAGCAUGGUGGUGGCAGCAUCAUACUGUGGGGAUGUUCUUCAGCGGCAGGGACUGGGAGACUAGUCAGGAUCGAGGGAAAGAUGAACGGAGCAAAGUACAGAGAGAUCGGCAAUAAAACUUGCUCGCUCAGGGCCUCAGACUGGGGGGGGCAGCGGCGAAGGUGUUGAACAGGACAACGACCCUAAGCACACAGCCAAGACAACACAGGAGUGGCUUCAGGACAAGUCUCUGAAUGUCCUUGAGUGGCCCAGCCAGAGACCGGACUUGAACCAGAUCUCUGGACAGACCUGAAAUUAGCUGUGCAGCAACGCUCCCCAUCCAACCUAACAGAGCUUGAGAGGCUCUGCAGAGAAGAAUGUGAGAAACUUCCCAAAGGUGUGCCAAGCUUGUAGCAUCAUACCCAAGAAUAAUCCAGGCUGUAAUCGCUGACAAAGGUGCUUCAACAAAGUACUGAGUAAAGGGUCUGAAUACUUAUGCAAAUUUGAUAUUUAUUUUUUAUUUGUAAUAAAUGUGAUGGACACACACACACACACACACACACAAUUGAAUACAUUUUAGAAGAAGGCGAUAACGUAACAAAAUUUGGAAAAAGUCAAUACUGAAUACUUUUCUAAUGCACUGUAAAUCAUGCAUUGUGAUUUGGUAGCUCUGCCUGCAACUUAAAAUCAGUGUCACCCUCAGCCCUAGUGGGAAUUUCCUCUCGGUGGUUAAUGGUUAAGACAGUUGGUUUCCGGAGCAGGGGACCGGGUUUGACAUAAAAUAAACUUCUGGGCUGUGUUCAGGAGUGUGCAACAUUCUGAAGGUUGCAGAUAGAAAUGCUAUGUAUAGAACGGACAUGAUUCCUUUCUCUAGUACCUGACAAAAGUAUGUCUGUACUACAUGCAUUUCAUAUAAUAUAUUUCUAUCUGUACGGUUGUUCUUUACUGAAAAUGAUUCCCGUUGAAUGGGAAGGCUUCUCUCCUUUAAAGUAUGAUAUUUGGAACAUUCAGGUUUACAGUUUGUUUUUGAAAAACAAUUAUGUGGUGAAAUAAGAUUUGGGAAAAUGUAUUUGAAAGAAAAUACAUAAAAUAAUUUAAACAAUGCACACAAUAACACUUAACCAGUUUGUACUUUUAUUUCAGUAGGGGAAAGGAAAAAUGAUUUUGAUUUUGUAACCUAAUUAUUUUUUCCCUGUUUAAUCUCAAUCUGGGCCCAUAUUCAUAAAGCUCUCUAAAUAGGGGUGCUGAUCUAGGAUCAUGUCCCCUGCUGCCAUAUGUAAUCUUAUUAAUUUUGAUUGAAAAGACAACUGUUCCUAGAUCAGCACUUCUACUCUGAGAUGCUUUAUGAAAACGGCAGUGACGUGUAACUAAGCAAUGUCAGUGUUUUACCCAUAAAGAUAAUUAUUUAAUUAAAUCUUAAUUCUGUACAAUAGUAAUUAUUUUUCAUAUGGUUUCACCACGUGCAUCAAUAUAUUUGCUUGGCAUUGGAUUAGUGAAAGAGAAAUGAUGGGUUCUGAUUUCUAAUCACUUACCAGUUGUCAUCGUCAGUAUAUUAUGGGUGCAGAACAAAAAUCACACAAACAUGUAUAAUAAUAAAAAAAAGCAAAAACAAAUGAAUGAAUGAAUGGUGAUGGAAAUGUUUUAUGGAAAUGUUUAAUAUUUUAUGUAUCAUAACGUAAUAUUUUUGGUUUGACUUUUGGUUUAUAUCCCUAAAAGGUAUUUUUGUUU